UUACCUGAUAUGAUAACUGAACAAUACUUACUAAUUAAAUAUUAUCUAUCUUGACGAAGGGUCGAUGAGUCAAUAUCUAUAAUCAAAAAAUACACUAUAUGAACAUGAACAACUUGCUUCAAUCCAUUGUUGUUGAUCGAAUAUCAAACGUAGCAGACGUUAUGAGUUUCUCAAAUAAAGUCGUGCUAGUUAUCGGCGGGAGCUCAGGAAUUGGAGCAGCAAUAGCUAAACAAUUCUCUAAGGAAGGAGCCGAUGUUGCUAUCGUUGCUCGCAAUGAAAAGAAAUUACAUACUGUUGAUGAAGAGUGCAAGAAACUUGGUAAAUCUACAUUCAUAAUUAAAGCAGACAUAUCUCAAGACAGUGGAGCCUCUGCUGCAGUUGAUGAAACUAUCAAGAAAUUUGGUAAAAUAGACGUACUCAUAAACAACGCUGGCGUAUUACGUUUUGGAUGCAUUCUUGAUGGAAAUUUGAUGAAGUCCUACGAUGAAAUAAUAAAUGUAAAUUUACGAGGCAUCAUGAAUGUAACUUCGCUUGCUGCGCCUCACAUCGUCAAAACAAAGGGAAAUGUUAUUAUGAUUUCAAGUGUAGCUGGGAGUGAAACACCAAAAGUUCCCCUUAUUUCUGCAUAAGCUGUUUCGAAGGCUGGCUUAAACCAAUUUACGAAGGCAACUGCUGCUGAAUUAGCUGCACAUGGCGUGAGAGUGAAUACAGUUAGUCCUGGACCAGUUCAUACAGAUAUCUUUGAAAAUGCGAGUGUUCCUGAUGAGAUUUUACCCAUAUUAACCAAUUAUAAAACGGCUCUGAACAGAAUAUCAAAUCCUGAUGAAAUUGCUCAUAUGGUCUUGUAUAUAGCGAGCGAUAAAUGUAUCGGUGUUACGGGAUCUAAUUUUGUAUGUGACAAUGGUAUUACUUUGACACAACUUUGACAUAAUAGCUAUGUUUGAUGAAUAGUUUUGAGAUGUGAUUUGUUUUUUGUAUACACUUAUAAUUACUACAUUAAAGAAAUAAA